GCGGUCGCGGUAGCAGCUAUGGCGGACGUAAUGAAUGUUGGAGUGAAUUUGGAAGCGUUUUCUCAAGCGAUUAAUGCUAUCCAGGCUCUUCGAUCGAGUGUCACCAGGGUCUUCGAUUCUCUUAAAGAUGGGAUGAAGAAUAAGGAAACCCUUGAACGGCGGGAAAAAGCCUUUAUGACCGAAUUCCAAGACAAUUUACAGUCUGUGAAUCGCGAUUUAACUGAAUUGGAGCGUCUGAGCACUUUGGUUGGCAGGACGUCAGAGAGCCACCCUUUACACAACAGUGGGCUGCUCAGUUUAGACCCAGUACAGGACAAAACUCCUCUGUACAGCCAGCUACUCCAGGCGUACAAAUGGUCCAAUAAAUUGCAGUACCAUGCAGGCCUGGCGUCCAGUCUUCUAAACCAACAAUCCCUCAAACGAUCAGCCAAUCAGAUGGGAACUUCUGCCAAAAGAAGGCCCAAAGUCCAGCCCAGCACCCUUGUUCUUCCGACACAGUAUGUGGAUGAUGUGAUAUCCAGAAUUGGACGAAUGUUUCCCGAUAUGUCAAUCGAGCUCUUCCGUCCCAACGGGACGUCAGCAGUUCUACUGGUGACACUGGGAAAGGUUUUGAAAGCCAUCGUGGUAAUGAGGAGCCUUUUCAUCGACCGUACGAUUGUCCGAGGUUACCAUGAGAACGUAUACUCGGAGGAGGGCAAGCUGGACAUCUGGUCAAAGUCCAACUAUCAAGUUUUUCAAAAGGUCACUGAUCAUGCGACCACAGCCCUUCUGCAUUAUCAGCUUCCUCAGAUGCCUGAUGUUGUUGUUCGCUCUUUCAUGACCUGGUUGAGGAGCUACAUCAAGCUUUUCCAGACGCCGUGUCAACGCUGUGGCAAGUACCUGCAGGACGGCCUUCCGCCAACAUGGAGGGACUUCCGAACUCUGGAGGCCUUCCACGACACCUGCCGACAGUGAUGCUGCCCCCGGACCAUACAGUAUUCCAUAAUUUGGCUUGGGAAAUAAUUGAGGAUCCUGUUUCUAGCACUGUCUUUACAGCUACAUGGGUUGUUGGACUUUUGUAUUUAUCAUGAAGAUGGACUGCUGUUGAGAUUUUCAUAGCUUUGCUCCACUCUACUUUUAAAAGAAUAUUAUUCUUCAGCUAGAUAUCACAUAUUCCUUUUUUCCCCAAAGUUUUAUUAUUUACUCCCAUUUGUAAGAACAAAUGUCUAAAAUACUGAUGUUUUGCAUUGUAAAUGGCUAGAAGGUAUUUUCAUAAUUGUGUCAGUCACGAUUAUGACAAGUAGGUCAUGAUCUUGUAUGUUUUAGGUGGGCCGUGCCCUGAUCUCUGAUUGAAUGAAUAUUCAGUUUCCAUGUUUGACCUUUAAAUAAACAACAUUUGCUUCUGUUUUUUUUUUUUUUUUUUUUUUUUUUUUUCA